AUGCAAGAGGCAGCUCCUGCCUACGAUUAUGUUCAGGAGGAGCAUCCUAUGAAACGGUUUAUUCCGUCUGGAAUGACCUCCGCUUAUGCAGCGGUAUCGCAAGAAGACGAUGUCGAAACACACGCGCAUUCCAAUACCCACGACUAUAUGCCCACUCCACCAGAGACAAUCGCGCAGAGUGUACUGGAACACACUAUGCAACCACACAUCCACUGCGAGCAGUGCGAUGUCCGGCUGGAAGCAAGAGAACGGAGGGCAAAUCAGCGUCACUGUUGCAAGAUGGUAGCAGUUACGUUUAUAGCUGUCUCUGUGUGCUUGCUUAUUCUUGGUAUAAUAGUGUCAAGUGACGUGACGAGGAAAGGAAAGCAUGGCCGCGAUUGA